AUUUUUCCUAUUGGUUCAUUCCAUUCUCCAUUCAUCCUCUAGCCAUAAGCACAAAAAGAAGUUAUUGACGUCAUGCACAUGUAAAAACCACUCACCCGGUCAAACGCUUAUUCAUACGAAAAAAGGGCCUUGUUUUUCAUUUCCCGAACUUUGAAUCCACGCCGGGAGACAUGAUGACAGAGAAACAGAGAAAUAUUUAGGCGUGGAGGGAUUUUUUACCCGAUUCUGACGGAGUUUUCUUCCCCAAUUUGUGUGAUUUCCCUUUUUUCCUUUCAUUAUUAUAAAACUUUUUUCACUUUGACGUUUCUUUUUUGAUUUUCUCCACAGUUUUUUUUUCCCUUCUUCCCGUCAUUACAAAUGCCUUCAUUAUCAGCAAGGAUACGCAAAAUCAAAUCGCUUCGACUGCCGAAACGAUUAGAUCAUCAACCUGUACCGACCGAGGAGCCCAUCAGUCCUUGUAGUACAGAAUUUUCCAUGCAGGAACACGAACAAGACGAGGAUGACGACGAACAGAACUAUGACGAAAUCAAUGAUGAUUUGCACGAGAAUCAAGGCCACAGUUUUGUCGAUACCUUGCGUAUCAUCUCCAAAGAAGCUCAACAUGGACAAUACGCCGAUGUAUUUGACUGUUUCUUCUUCAACGACAAACGGUGUCAAAACCGAGCCUUAUUCAUGGCUGCGCGCUUAAAGCAAUCCUUGGGCGGUCACCAUUGGCAAUCCAAACGCCAAUGGGCAACGCCUCAUUCAACAUCACUAAAUACACCUCCGGCCUCCCCUAUCACCCCAUCCAGUGCUCACUCGUCGUCCUCUUUCAGCCACGAUCAUUCUAAAGAGAACCUGUGGCAAAUCAUCAUUGACCGACUCUAUACUCUCAACUAUAUCCGCUUUGUAUUGUCCAGCAACGAUCCUGUGCGUCAAGCGGUGAUACAACAAGAUUCAAUACCGGGGGAUUUGGAAACCGGGUUUGCUGUGCGUUGGGCACUGGCAAGUUGUGGCCUUGCGGAUGAGACGGAAGUGGUUUUGAAAGCGCGGGGAAUCUUGGCUCAAUGCAUAGAUAAUGAGUCCAGGCUAAGUCACACGGAACGUGACGCCAUGUACCUCUUUCAUGCAGUGCGACUCGGUCUGUAUGGUACUUUUAUUCCUUCCAUUCGCGCCACUGAGCCUCACAGCCAACGUGUGCUUGAAGACGCCGUUCAAGCCAAUCGAACCACCACUGGCGAUCUCGUAAACCCCUUUGACGAUCAAAACAGUUUGCCACAAGAAAACUUCCCAACCAGCCCCAUUACGAUCAACCCGUAACACGCCAGUGAAGAAACGCUGCAACUUUACGAUGGAUUGCAUACCAAUACGGCUUGCAUGAUAAUAUCACACUAAACCUUAUUUGUAUCAUAUCAACGCUACUUGGUUUUUUUUUUUCUUCUUCUCUGCCUUGUUUACUAUACUGUACAAAUCGUGUAGAUACAAUUGAGUUUUUUUCACAUAAAAAGUGU